AUGGGCGAGGACUCUGAGAAGCUUGGAGAAGAGAAUAGAACCAUGCUGCAAGCAGCAGCAGCGCGCAGAAGGCAGGGAGAGGACGGCGAAGUGGAAAGAUCGCACGCCUCAAGGUAUCCGCUCGCGUGGAGUGCCUGCUCUUCGAGCAUCUGAUUAUGAUAUAGUGGAAUUCUGAUGGGCGAGGACUCUGAGAAGCCUGGAGAAGAGAAUAGAAGAAUGAUGGAAGCAGGAGAAGUGCGCAGAAGGCAGGGAGAGGACGUCGAAGAGGAAAGAUCGCACGCCUGUGGCUCUCAUCGCUUGGAGAGACUGCUCUUCGAGCAUCUGAUUAUGAUAUAGUAGAAUUCUAAUGGGCGAGGACUCUGAGAAGCUUGGAGAAGAGAAUAGAACCAUGCUGCAAGCAGCAGCAGCGCGCAGAAGGCAGGGAGAGGACGGCGAAGUGGAAAGAUCGCACGCCUCAAGGUAUCCGCUCGCGUGGAGUGCCUGCUCUUCGAGCAUCUGAUUAUGAUAUAGUGGAAUUCUGAUGGGCGAGGACUCUGAGAAGCCUGGAGAAGAGAAUAGAAGAAUGAUGGAAGCAGGAGAAGUGCGCAGAAGGCAGGGAGAGGACGGCGAAGAGGAAAGAUCGCACGCCAGUGGUAUCCGCUCGCGUGGAGUGCCUGCUCUUCGAGCAUCUGAUUAUGAUAUAGGAGAAUUCUAAUGGGCGAGGACUCUGAGAAGCUUGGAGAAGAGAAUAGAACCAUGCUGCAAGCAGCAGCAGCGCGCAGAAGGCAGGGAGAGGACGGCGAAGUGGAAAGAUCGCACGCCUCAAGGUAUCCGCUCGCGUGGAGUGCCUGCUCUUCGAGCAUCUGAUUAUGAUAUAGGAGAAUUGUAAUGGGCGAGGACUCUGAGAAGCUUGGAGAAGAGAAUAGAACCAUGCUGCAAGCAGCAGCAGCGCGCAGAAGGCAGGGAGAGGACGGCGAAGUGGAAAGAUCGCACGCCUCAAGGUAUCCGCUCGCGUGGAGUGCCUGCUCUUCGAGCAUCUGAUUAUGAUAUAGUGGAAUUCUGAUGGGCGAGGACUCUGAGAAGCCUGGAGAAGAGAAUAGAAGAAUGAUGGAAGCAGGAGAAGUGCGCAGAAGGCAGGGAGAGGACGGCGAAGAGGAAAGAUCGCACGCCAGUGGUAUCCGCUCGCGUGGAGUGCCUGCUCUUCGAGCAUCUGAUUAUGAUAUAGGAGAAUUCUAAUGGGCGAGGACUCUGAGAAGCUUGGAGAAGAGAAUAGAACCAUGCUGCAAGCAGCAGCAGCGCGCAGAAGGCAGGGAGAGGACGGCGAAGUGGAAAGAUCGCACGCCUCAAGGUAUCCGCUCGCGUGGAGUGCCUGCUCUUCGAGCAUCUGAUUAUGAUAUAGGAGAAUUGUAAUGGGCGAGGACUCUGAGAAGCUUGGAGAAGAGAAUAGAACCAUGCUGCAAGCAGCAGCAGCGCGCAGAAGGCAGGGAGAGGACGGCGAAGUGGAAAGAUCGCACGCCUCAAGGUAUCCGCUCGCGUGGAGUGCCUGCUCUUCGAGCAUCUGAUUAUGAUAUAGUGGAAUUCUGAUGGGCGAGGACUCUGAGAAGCCUGGAGAAGAGAAUAGAAGAAUGAUGGAAGCAGGAGAAGUGCGCAGAAGGCAGGGAGAGGACGGCGAAGAGGAAAGAUCGCACGCCAGUGGUAUCCGCUCGCGUGGAGUGCCUGCUCUUCGAGCAUCUGAUUAUGAUAUAGGAGAAUUCUAAUGGGCGAGGACUCUGAGAAGCUUGGAGAAGAGAAUAGAACCAUGCUGCAAGCAGCAGCAGCGCGCAGAAGGCAGGGAGAGGACGGCGAAGUGGAAAGAUCGCACGCCUCAAGGUAUCCGCUCGCGUGGAGUGCCUGCUCUUCGAGCAUCUGAUUAUGAUAUAGGAGAAUUGUAAUGGGCGAGGACUCUGAGAAGCUUGGAGAAGAGAAUAGAACCAUGCUGCAAGCAGCAGCAGCGCGCAGAAGGCAGGGAGAGGACGGCGAAGUGGAAAGAUCGCACGCCUCAAGGUAUCCGCUCGCGUGGAGUGCCUGCUCUUCGAGCAUCUGAUUAUGAUAUAGUGGAAUUCUGAUGGGCGAGGACUCUGAGAAGCCUGGAGAAGAGAAUAGAAGAAUGAUGGAAGCAGGAGAAGUGCGCAGAAGGCAGGGAGAGGACGGCGAAGAGGAAAGAUCGCACGCCAGUGGUAUCCGCUCGCGUGGAGUGCCUGCUCUUCGAGCAUCUGAUUAUGAUAUAGGAGAAUUCUAAUGGGCGAGGACUCUGAGAAGCUUGGAGAAGAGAAUAGAACCAUGCUGCAAGCAGCAGCAGCGCAGAAGGCAGGGAGAGGACGGCGAAGUGGAAAGAUCGCACGCCUCAAGGUAUCCGCUCGCGUGGAGUGCCUGCUCUUCGAGCAUCUGAUUAUGAUAUAGGAGAAUUCUAAUGGGCGAGGACUCUGAGAAGCUUGGAGAAGAGAAUAGAACCAUGCUGCAAGCAGCAGCAGCGCGCAGAAGGCAGGGAGAGGACGGCGAAGUGGAAAGAUCGCACGCCUCAAGGUAUCCGCUCGCGUGGAGUGCCUGCUCUUCGAGCAUCUGAUUAUGAUAUAGUGGAAUUCUGAUGGGCGAGGACUCUGAGAAGCCUGGAGAAGAGAAUAGAAGAAUGAUGGAAGCAGGAGAAGUGCGCAGAAGGCAGGGAGAGGACGGCGAAGAGGAAAGAUCGCACGCCAGUGGUAUCCGCUCGCGUGGAGUGCCUGCUCUUCGAGCAUCUGAUUAUGAUAUAGUGGAAUUCUGA